AAUAACCUAAGGGGCAGGCAGAGGAGGAACAGCAUUUUCCCCCUGUCUGGCUUCAUUUAAAAGCAGAAUAGCAUUAGUAGGAAGAGAAAAGGCAGCCGGAGAGCUGUCAGCAUUAUAUGAGCUCUAGCUGUGUCUCCUCAUGGCUUGUUUAGAUAAAUGUCACUGUGCUGUGGAUAACAGGAAACAUGGCAGCAUUCUAUAUAAUAUUCUGAAAAAUGAAGAACACAAGGACUCCCACAACAGCAAUCCAAGGAAAGGAAACCACACGGGAGUCUAUGGGCAAGGUUGUUCCUGUGGGGCUCAGAAGAAAGUCAGCCUAAAAAGCCCACAGCUAACAUGCAAAGCUGCCUCAGCAGUGCUGGUGAAGACCCUGAGGUUUGUGAAGAAUGUACCCUGUUUCCAGGAGCUCCCUCUGGAUGAUCAACUACUGCUGGUCAGAAGCUGCUGGGCUCCUCUCCUGGUACUUGGACUUGCACAGGACAAGGUGGAUUUUGAGACAGUGGAGACAUCGGAACCCAGCAUGCUGCAAAGGAUUCUAACCACUAGGCAAGAAGGGGAGAGAAAGCAGCAACUGCAGCAGCAGGACAGCUUACUUGGAAGCCCUCAGCACAAACUCAGUCAUCUCCCUUCGGCAGCAGAGAUCAGAUGGAUCAAAGAGUUCUUGGACAAGUGCUGGAACCUGGAUAUCAGCACCAAGGAAUAUGCUUACCUGAAAGGGAUUGUGCUUUUCAAUCCAGAAUUGCCCGGCUUGCACUGCAUCCAGUAUAUUCAAGGACUACAGCAUGAAGCUCAACAAGCACUAAACGAACACAUCAAGAUGAUUCACCGAUGGGAGCAAACUAGAUUCUCCAAGUUAAUGAUUGUACUCUCCUUUCUCAGAACCGUCAACGCAAAUGCCAUUGCAGAACUUUUCUUCAGGCCAAUCAUUGGUUCCGUCAAUAUGGACGAUAUGCUGCUGGAAAUGCUGGGGGCAAAAAUUUAGCUACAAAAUGCCCUACUAUAUAAAUAUGCGAUAAGAAGACGACAAAAGGAAAUAUAUUGUCUUUAUAUAUCUCUCCUGAGAUAAGAGAAGAGGUCUGUUUUCAAAAGGAAUUGUACACAAAAAAAGAAUAAUUAAAUAUCGACCUAAGUGUUAUGUAUGAGCCAUAAUACUUAAUAUCAACCUACAUUAUGGCCAAGCACUAUAGACCAUUUGUAGGUGUUUAGCAUUACACAAUGAAUAUUGAUAUUGCAUUUAUGUGCAGGUCCCACUGGGUGUCAGUUUCUUCUGAAUAUUAGAAGCAUCAGGGCUGUUUUAGAAGCGUUCAUAUUGUAUACCCUUUAAAAAUAGACCUGAAGAUCAGUUUCUAAUAUUGAAAAGAAACUGACACCUAGUGGU